UAUAUUUCCAAACUAAUGCAUUUCUGUUUCGUUUUGCUCUUUCCCCAACUCUUCUCUCUCUCUCUCUCUUUCGCUCUCUGUGUGCAGCUUAAUGGCAACUCCAAGCCUUUGCCACCACCUCGUGAUCAUCUGCGCAUCGAGAAGGAUGGACGUCUCAUUAACUGCGCCCCAGCACCACAGCUGCCAGACCGGCGAAUACCCGGCAAUGGCAGCGCCAUUCAGCAUCAGCACCAGCAGCAGCAACAACAACAACAACAACAGCCACAGCAAAUAGCGCAAGUUGUGGCGCCAACGCUCGAGCAAUUGGACAGUAUUAGAAAAUAUCAGGAGCAAUUGCGACGUCGACGCGAGGAGGAGGAGCGCAUCGCCCAGCAGAAUGAGUUUCUACGCAACAGCUUGCGUGGCUCACGCAAGCUCAAGGCGCUUCAGGAUACGGCCACAGCCACGCCCACGGCCGGGAAGGCGCUCGCGCAGCAGCAGCACGCGACUGCAGCAGCGGCAACAAUUGCUGGCGUCGAGAACGAGGCAUAUCUGCCGGAUGAGGACCUAAUGCCAGCGCAACACAUCGAUGGCUACGGGGAGCUGAUCGCGGCACUGACGCGUCUGCAGAGCCAGCUGGCCAAGAGCGGCCUGAGCAACCUGGCGGGCCGCGUGUCGGCGGCGCAUAAUGUCCUGGCCACCGCCAGUGUGGCCCAUGUGCUGGCCGCCAGGAGCGCGGUGCUGCAGCGCAGGCGGCCGCGGGUGGCCGGGCCGGUGCACUCCGGGGCGCUGGGCUUGCAGAAGGAGAUUGUGGAGCUGCUGACGCAGUCGAAUACGGCGUCGGCCAUUGAGCUGGGCAAUCUGCUGACCAGCCACGAGAUGGAGGGCCUGCUGCUGGCGCACGAUCGCAUUGCCAGCCAUACGGAUGCGUCGCCCUCGCCCAUGCCGACGCCGACGCCGACGCCCUCACAGACGCCCACGGCGACGGCCACCACGCUGAGCGGCCACAGCAGUCCCGUGGCUGGAGCCAAGGCAGCGGGAACGGCCGCAGCGAGCAGCAGAACGGCUGUGGCGGUGCUGCCGCCAGUGGUGCCGCCAGUGGCCAGCUCGGUGGCGCAGCGCGGAGCCAUGCCGCUGCCUGUGGCGGUGGGCGUGCGCGGCGAGUCGCCCCCCGGCAUGAGCGCCUGCUUUGGCACGCUGAACGACCAGAACGACAACAUACGCAUCAUACAGAUCGAGAAGUCCACCGAGCCGCUGGGCGCGACGGUGCGCAACGAGGGCGAGGCGGUGGUCAUCGGCCGCAUCGUGCGCGGCGGCGCCGCCGAGAAGUCCGGCCUGCUGCACGAGGGUGACGAGAUACUGGAGGUGAAUGGCCAAGAGCUGCGGGGCAAGACAGUGAAUGAGGUGUGCGCCCUGUUGGGCGCCAUGCAGGGCACGCUCACGUUCUUGAUUGUGCCCGCCGGCAGUCCGCCGCCCGGUGGCGGCCUCUGCAGCGGCCUGGGCAUGCAUCACGUGGGCGGGAUGGCGCAUCGUGAUACGGCCGUGCUGCACGUGCGUGCGCACUUCGACUAUGAUCCGGAGGAUGAUCUGUACAUACCGUGCCGGGAGCUGGGCAUCAGCUUCCAGAAGGGCGAUGUGCUGCAUGUGAUAUCCCGCGAGGAUCCCAACUGGUGGCAGGCGUACCGCGAGGGCGAGGAAGAUCAAACGCUGGCCGGCCUCAUUCCUAGUCAGUCCUUCCAGCAUCAGCGCGAGACCAUGAAGCUAGCCAUUGCCGAGGAGGCGGGCCUGGCGCGCUCCCGCGGCAAGGAGGGGGCCACCAGCAAGGGCGCAACUCUUCUGUGCGCUCGCAAGGGCCGCAAGAAGAAGAAGAAGGCCAGCUCCGAGGCAGGCUAUCCGCUGUAUGCGACGACAGCGCCCGACGAAACAGACCCCGAGGAGAUACUCACCUACGAGGAGGUUGCGCUCUACUACCCCCGUGCCACUCACAAGCGCCCCAUUGUCCUUAUCGGGCCACCCAACAUUGGCCGGCACGAGCUUCGCCAGCGCCUGAUGGCCGACUCCGAGCGAUUCUCGGCUGCAGUGCCACACACAUCCCGUGCCCGGCGCGAGGGCGAGGUUCCCGGCGUGGAUUAUCAUUUCAUCACGCGACAAGCCUUCGAAGCAGACAUUCUGGCGCGUCGUUUCGUGGAGCAUGGCGAAUACGAGAAGGCCUACUAUGGCACAUCACUGGAGGCCAUUCGCACAGUCGUUGCCAGUGGAAAGAUUUGUGUGCUGAACUUGCAUCCGCAGAGUCUGAAGCUGCUACGUGCCUCCGACCUGAAGCCCUAUGUGGUGCUGGUGGCACCGCCCAGCCUCGACAAGCUGCGGCAGAAGAAGCUGCGCAACGGCGAGCCGUUCAAGGAGGAGGAGCUGAAGGACAUCAUUGCCACCGCACGAGACAUGGAAGCGCGCUGGGGUCACCUCUUCGACAUGAUCAUUAUCAACAACGACACGGAGCGAGCUUAUCACCAGCUGCUGGCGGAGAUCAAUUCGCUGGAGCGCGAGCCUCAAUGGGUGCCCGCCCAGUGGGUGCACAACAAUCGCGACGAAUCAUAAUAUCCUCAUCGGCGACUGCUGCCCCAGCUCCAGAUCCAGCCACAACCUUAGCGCCAGUCAGUGUUUGCUUUGUACAUACUUUUCAAUUCAGCCAUGUGAAUGUGAAGCAGCUG